AUGGGGUACGAGAGCCUCAGCAUCGGCAUCAAUGAUGCCGUCGCCGCCUCAUUCGCAGUACUCAGCGUUGCAGUGUUUAUAUGUCUUCCCAUAGCUGCGUGGGGAUGGCUCGUCUACCCGCUCUGGCGGAGCGGCGGCUUACACGGCUGGAUCACGCGCGGCGGCGGCGGGCGGAUGCACAGCACGGAGACGGGCGCUCGGCGCACCCCGCGGCCCGCCCUCGUUACCUUUCGCGACAUUCACUACUCCGUAAAGCUGUCCGGCCGGGGCCGGCCGGAGUUGCACAUACUGAAGGGCGUGAGUGGUGUCCUGCUGCCGGGGACGUUGACUGCUAUUAUGGGCCCUAGUGGCUGCGGCAAGUCCACCCUCCUCGACAUCCUCGCCGACACCAAGCGAGUUGGCGUCGUCGAGGGGGAUGUACGACUGAACGGCGAGGCGCGCGGCACGGACUUUCGGUCGACGUGCGCGUACGUGAUGCAGGAGGACUGCUGCCACUCGACGCUCACCGUACACGAGACGCUCUGGUUCGUGUGCGCCCUGAGGCUCGGGCCCGACGAGCGGCUCGAGCUCAUCACCCGGACGAUGGUCGACCUCGACCUCGCGCACGUGGCAGACACGCGCAUCGGCGACGACGUGUCCGGCGGCCUGUCUGGCGGCCAGCGCCGCCGCGUCACUAUCGCGAUCGAGAUCCUCUCCGGGCCUGCCCUGGUGCUGCUCGACGAGCCGACCUCCGGACUGGACGCGUACGGAGCGCAGCAGGCGGUGGCCACACCGCCUGCGGUGGUCGCGGCGCUACGCCGCUUCGCGGACCGCGGCCGCACCCUCGCCUGUACCAUCCACCAGCCGCGCGCCGAGACCUUCGCGCUCUUCCACCAGCUGCUCCUGAUCAAGGCGGGCGAAACCAUGUAUUGCGGGCCGGUGCCCGACUUUCUUCGCGGCUGCGGCGUGGCGUGCCCGCCGUCGGUCAACCUCGCCGAUGUGGUGGUCGACCUCACGCACACCAAGGAGGCGGACGCCGACGCCGACGGCGCCGAGCAGAGUGUCGACCUCGUAGCCCGCUUCGCCGCGUCGGCCCUCCGCCGUAAGAUCGAGGACGAGAUUGACUCAGUCGAGCUCGGGUGCCACCCGGACCUCGCCGACGCGGCGGCGUCGCUCGAGGCUCCAAAGGAGCAGGAGGGCGCUCGCGUCGGCUGCUGCGGCAGCAGCGGCGGCUACCCCACCCCGCUGAUGCACCAGGUCGGCGUCCUGGUGCGGAGGCAGUGGACGCUCGACACGCGCAAUUUCGGGUACCAGUUCACCUGGGUCCUCAACGGUUUUGUGCUUGCGCUCAACGCCUCAACCUACCUGCUGGUCGAGCAGCCGCCGCUCAGUGCGCAACCAGCGUCCGUGUACCGCGACGACAUGGGCUGCGACCCCAUCGAACCGAGCGGGCGACAGGGGUGCGUCUGCCACGUGCCGAUGGACGAAGCCGCCUCGAACGGCCAGUACAACGUGGGCGCCGACGCGACCGAGUGCGGCCGGGCGAUCCUCGCCAGCGCGAACGCCGUCUUUGCGUUCCGAGGCUUCCUCUUCCUCGUCAUCAACGCCCUGUUCGUCAACGAGGCCGUGUUUGUGCCGGCCGUCAUCGCCGACAAGCGCUUCUUCGCGCGCGAGCACGGAGCGCGCGCCUACUCCGUCCUCGCGUGGCACCUCGCCUGGCUCGUCAAGCUCGGGCUCACCGCGGCCCUCAAGGCGCUCUUCUACACGCCCUGCUUCUACUUCAUCGGCCAGCUGCGCCCCGCCUGGUCCGCCUACUUGGCCGCCGCCCUGGUCACCGGCGGGAUGGGCCUCGCCGGCUCAGCGGUCGCCAUGCUCCUCACCACGCUCGUCCCCGGGCUCGGCGCCGCCACCACCGCGUUCGGCUGCGCGGUGCUGCUCUACCAGAACGUCUGCGGCUUCUUCCUUCCAAUCGCCGCCAUCCCGCCCUACCUGACGUGGCUCACCUGGACGUCCGUCUUCACGUACGGCUACUACGCAAUCGUCACCUCGCAGCAGAUGUUCGGCUCCAUUGAACUCCCAGGCGACACGCCGGCGAGAACCUGA